GCUAACAUAUCUUGAACUCCCAGGAUUCGGGGGAAACCAGGCGCCGGCAAAUCAACGCUGAUGAAGUUCAUCUAUACGAAGAUGAAAGGAAAAUCCAAUACCAUUUCUUUCUUUUUCAACGCAAGAGGAGACGGUUUAGAGAAAUCACUCGAUGGGAUGUACCGUUCUCUAUUGCUUCAGGUACUUCAACAACUGCCGAGUUUUCAACAAGAACAUGUGUUUGAACAUCACUCCCUCCUUCGUACAAUCAAGCCGGGCUCCAUCAAGUGGGAUACUGGUAUACUCCAGGCGCUGUUAUCCCACUCAAUAAGCCAUUUUGGCCAACAAGAGCUGACGUGCUUCGUCGAUGCCCUUGAUGAGUGUAGAGAAGGCGAUGUUGACGAGAUGGUCAAAUACUUUGAGACCCUCAGCGAUUUCGCUUUAGAAACCAACGUGACGCUCUUUAUCUGCCUGUCAAGCCGACACUAUCCUUCCAUAUCUAUCAAAGACGGCAUAACAUUGACGUUGGAAAAUCAACCAGACCAUAACCAGGACCUCAAAGAGUAUGUCAACGAUAAGCUUACUAUUGGUUCGAAGAAUACGAAAGAUAUCAGAGACAAAAUUCUUGAUAAAUCAGCCGGCGUAUUUUUGUGGAUUGUCCUCGUCGUCAAUAUCUUGAAUAAGGAAUACCGGCGCGGUCGGAUAUUCGCAGUAAGAGAGAGGCUCGGUACAAUCCCUCCUACUCUAAAAGAACUGUUCAAAGACAUGUUGAAGAGGGACAGCGAAAACAUGGAUGAGUUUCGGCUGUCAAUCCAGUGGAUUCUAUUUGCCAAAUACGCUUUAGUACCACAAGAGUAUUAUUAUGCAAUGCUAGCCGGACUCGACUAUGGACAAAGUGAACUGGGCGAAUGGGAUCCCAAGGAAGUCACAGAAGAAGAUAUGGAACGAUACGUCGUGGCCUCCUCAAAGGGACUCGCCGAGGUUAUUAAGACACUGACCCCUAAAGUUCAAUUUAUCCAUGAAUCUGUACGAGACUUUCUCCUCAAAGAUGGGGGCACUAAUGAGAUCUGGUCUGAACUUGAAUUCGACUUUCCAACCUACAGUCAUAAUAAGCUGGCACAAUGUUGCUAUACUUAUCUCCGAGCGAGGGAAUCAGAUGUUAAGGUAGCUCUUGAAAGACUUCAGGAUUCCUAUUGCUCCGAGUUCAGAGAUUUUGUCAAAAGAUUUCGGGAUUUCUAUCACACUGAGUUUGAGGAUUUUGUCAAAAGAUUUCCAUUCGCUAAAACCGCCGUAAAAUCCGUUGCAUAUCACUCUAGCCGUGCUGCGACUGGCUUCUCGCAGCACUGCUUGCUCGAAUCAUUUGACUUUGGAACCUGGGCACGUUUGUCCGAGUUAUGUUUCGAUUAUGAUAAGCCCAGUUUCGAAUUGUGCGAAGAUCUUGCCUAUCUAGUGACUUGGCAAAGUCCUGUUAAUUGUUGCGAAAUCGGAAAUUUCAAGGUAAAUAAUAUCGCUAUAUCCUGUCCCGAAGUGCUGCUAUAACAAAAACUUACUCUCUUUCCUAGUCAGAGACCCGUCAACUAGCUACUGACAAUGUUCCGCAACUACCUCCCUCACUAGAACGCUUUUAUUUCUUUGGUUAUACACCACUAGAGCUAGCCUCAAAGGCAGCUCACAAAGACUUGCUCCAGACAUUACUUGAUAGGGGUGCUAAUGCCAACGAACAAGAUCGGAACGGUCGAACACCUUUAUUCGAUGCUGUUGAGAGCCCAACGCUAUGUUGGACGGAGCGGAGUGAGGAUGUAUACUGCAACAUAGUGCAGCUACUGCUUGAUAGGGGUGCCGAUAUCCAUAUUCGAAACGAGUUCGGUGUUACACCGCUGUUUAGUGCUGCAAGACUUGGGACCGGCGAGAUAGUUAAAUUACUCCUCGAUAAAGGUAGCGGUGUUGAUAUUACUGACAGGAACGGUGCAACGCCGUUACAUUUCGCUGCGGCAGUGGCGUAUGAAGCAACAAUGGCAAUAGUCGAGUUGCUCUUGGACAAAGGCGUUCAAAUCAAUACAGCUGAUAAUAAUGGCCAGACGCCCUUGCAUGUAGCUGCUCAACUAGGGCAUGUCAAAACGGUACAGUUUUUGCUUGAUAGAGGC